AGGACAUGUAUGUGAAACACCAACUCUUGGCGCGUAAAAUGGAAGACGCCGCCGCCGCCGCCGCAAACACAGUCAAGCUAGCCGACCUCCUCCACUCCCCUCGCCCUUUCACCGCCGCCGCAUCUCUCUCCGCUCCACCUUCACUUCGUCCCCCGCACCGCCCCUCCAACCACCGCGUCCUCACUCCCCUUCACCGCCCAACCACCCUCAUCGGAACCCUAACACUCCCCUCCCACACCGCCAACCCUGCCUGCUCCUGCUUCAGAUUCUCCGAUCGCUCCGCCACAGUCUGCUGCGACCUCCUCCGCUUCCGCGCCGCCGCGGUCAACAAGGAAAUCCGCGUCACAUCUUGGAACUUCAUCCCCUUCAAGCACCGCGGCAACGACCACCGUAGUAGCAGCAGCGGCUUCUUGGAGAUCAUCAAUUGGUGCUUCUCCGACCCCAACGAGGGUCUCGCCCUAACCGAUUCGCUCCCCCUAUCGCGGAAUCGCACCGGCCGCAGCAGCGCUGACAAUCUCCGGGCCGUCCAUGGAGUCGUCAAGUCGGUCGGCCCUGUUUCUGUCGUCCCUUGCGCCACCGCAAAGAGUGGCGAUGAUUCGAAUUCGGGUUCUGCUAACUUGCCAGGGUUUUUGGUUCAAUUGAUGUGUUGUGAAUGCAGAUUAUGCGGUUCCAGGGAACUGAUGAAAAACUUGAAGAGUUCUUCGUUUUCAAUUGAAAACAAGAAUGGUCAUUCCUUCACUAAAACUGAGAUUGUGUAUUUCUAUGGCGAAUCGUCGCAGUUUCACCCUGUAAUGACCAAACUCAUUGGCAAGCGUGUUGUGGUUUCUGGCUUGAAGAAGAGGUUGGUUUAUAUGACGAAGGAGGAGUCAUGUUUGAUGUAUGUGACUGUGGAUGAUUCCGUUCUGCGCGUUUGUCGGCUUUCGGAGAAAUGGGCACCUCGGUUGAAGGGUGAGAUAAAGGGGAAGGGUGAGUGUGGUUCUUAUACUGGUGUGGUUAAAGGUGUUCACAUGCAAGGGAUGGCUUUGGAGUUGGACCAUGAUGUGUGGCUUCUUUUAACAGAUCAAUUACAUACUCUAAUACAUGGUCUGAGAAUUGGUUCCAUUAUAUCUGUGAGAAAUGUUCACUUCAUGGAUCCAAAGUACUCAUGGACAAAAAUUAUUAUUCUUGGGGCCUGCAUCAAGACUAGCAUUACCGUGGAGUCCUUCUCCCCACUGGAAACUGUGUGUAAUGUGGUUAUGCAUUCUACGAGUAUGCUAGGAAAGUUCAUCCAGUCAUUGCCUUUUUCUGCAAGACUAUGGGUAUUACUUCUUGUGUCAAGCUUACGUAAAAUGUUUGCCGGUAUCUUAUCUGACAAGGACAUUCUGGGAUCAAUACAUAAAGAAGGGCUUGCUCAGAUGUAUGCUAGUUCACUGUUGCCUCCAUCAGUGUUUCGAACUCCGCAUGGUGCUUUCUUGGGACUGUGCAGGCAUGACGUGAAUGGCUGUGGUAGAGAACUGCAUUGCGGUUUUUUGAAAUUGGUAGUACCCAUGUCUAUCUUCAUCUUCCACUGUAUAGACACCUUACUAAGAAUGCUAAAGUCAGAGAAUCACUGCAAAUUAUUGUCUGUUGGCAAUCAUUUCAGUAUUUUAUCACAUGAAGUCAGAUUUGAUGGUAGACCGAUUAGGAGGAUCAUUCAAAGUGUAGAUUUAGGCAUUGUUUUGCUUGGUUGUCUAAAGAUUAAUCCAUCAACUAGAAGAUUGCAGCUGGCUGAUGCUACUGGUGGAAUUGAUGUUCUUAUACCAGACCUUCCCUUAUCUUGGAACCCCAACGAAAUAUAUGAGGUGACUGACUACGAUGUUUUUCUGGAUGGCAUUGACGGACUUGUGGAUCAAUGGGCACUGCUUGAGAAUGAGUCAUUAUCUUGCAGAGCAAUCUUCAAUUGCAGCCUAGCAGAAACAAAAUUAAGGACAUCAAUUUUUGUUCACUGUCAGUGGAAGAAUGCUAAACGCAGAAAAUUUCCGCUUCAGCAUUGUAUUAAUAAUAAGAAUGAAACUGAGACACUUGAACCUAGAUCCUACUAUUUGCUUAGGGUUUCUCACAAAUUUCCUCUGCAAGAUAAGUGUUCCAAUAAUAUGAGAUCCAACAAGUCUAGUACUUUUGUUGAAGCUAUACUUAUGCCAUGCAUUUUAUUAAUUUCUGGGAAAAGUGGAAGUUCAAAUCCAUGCAAUGUUUCUAGUGACAGGACAGCGGAACAUUCAAAAUAUUGUUUAAGUGGUAAUGAUGAGGCGCAAGUUUCCAUUAAGAGGCAGAAACUUAUGAAGGAAUCAGUAAACUCAUUGAAGGAUGGGUUUCAAACUUCCAUCUAUGGGCUGAGUGCCUGUUCUAAUUCAUUCAGGGAAUCAGAAAUGAACAAAAAUUCUGUCAAUUUGAUUUCUUCUCAUGAUAUAUCUUGUAUGGUUACUUUUAGAGGCCUUCAAAAUGAGAGAGAGGUUUGCCCGGGUAUCUUGCGGUGUACAUCACGUAUGGAAGAUAUGAGUUUUAAUUCCAAACUAUCUGCAAGAAAAUUGUUGCUUGAAUUCUCAGCUGAGAAAUUUUUGACGUAUCAGUUGUUGAAAAUUGGUGGUUAUUACAUCAUAGAACAUAAUAGGAAAGACUGCUUCAGCUCUACGAAAGAUGCUGGCUUUGGCAGCAGUGGUACUGCUAAGUUUCUUAUUGAUUCUAGAAAACAUAUCUGGAGCCUUUCAUUUAUUUCUGACGAGGUUCUCUUCAAUUACAAAUCAGUACCUACAUCUGCAAAAGAUUCUUUAUUUCCUACCAUUGAUGCAGUUUUGCCUAAAGAUAAAAUUGAACAACUUCUGCUGAGAUCCAAUGAUAAUUUCUCAGGUGUUUGUUCAGAUGUUUGUCUUUAUCUCCCUGUCAGUCAUACAGGCCUACUGGAAGAUAAUAUUACAGAAUCAGAAGAUAGUCAAAUUCAGCAAUUCAGAGUAUCAGAAGAGAGAGGUGACACUCUUUUGAGCUCUGGGACUGUAGUGGCUAGGCCUAAAUUUUGUCCUGGGUCUCAGAAUUCAAACUGCUUGUUUCCUGAGGGCAAUUUGAUUUCUCUUGAGGGAAAUGUGGUUGACAUUCAUGACAUUAGCUCUAGCAUCAACAAUUCAUGCUCAAGUGGUGCAAGCCUUGAGCCUCUUCAAAUGAAAGGCUUUGUUGGAGUUAGAAGCAGUUUCUGCAUUCACGUUUUAGUCUAUCAUCAUAUUGUUAAUAUUUUUGGUUCUAUAAGUAAACAUGCUUUCCCUACUGGUUUUGGACCUGGUGUAACUGCAACGUUUCAUCGGAUUCUUGAUGCAAGGGUCCCAAAUAAAUUUAUGUUGCUGCCGGUGUCAUUUAUUGCCAUAAAAUCAGUAGAUGAUAAACAAUGGAGUGACAGGUCUACCAAUUCAAGACCUACUAAAGAUGCAUACAAUGCAUACAGAGAUUCAUUUUCCUGUUUGAUUUCCCAAUUACCUCAGUUCCAGAGUCACAAGCAAAUAGUACUUCGAUCCAGGGUUUCUGCAGUCUUUCUUGUAGUUCUAGAGAGGAAGACAACAAAUUUUAGUGCAGAAACAAAAAUUAAUGCUUCAGGGAUUCUUUUGGACAUUCCGCUUGCUGCUUUUUUGUUGGAUGAUGGCUCAUCGUCAUGUUGUUGCUGGGCUAAUGCUGAAAGGGCAGCAACCUUGUUGAGACUACAAGAACAAAACAGCUCAUCUCAUCAUGUUGGGAGAGUUUUGAAGAAGUACAAGAGAAUCACUGUCAAAAACAAUGGAUCAUCUAUCGAUUAUUCUUGCCAAGACCUUGUUGUUUCUGUUACUUCUGGUGAUGCUCUUUGCAGUUCUGAUGAAAAGCUCCUCAAGCUCAUAAUCUUCAAUGCAUGUGUCGGUAGAACAUGGAAUGUAGUUGCUGAUGUGAUGGAUGCAGAGGAAGUUAAACAUUUGGAGAAAGAAUGUCCUGCAGAUAUGAACAUGCAAACCAUGCAGAACGUGUGGGCUAAAGAAGUCUCUUGUCCAUGCCCUCUGGCGGAGGCAAGGAAUAUGAUUCAGGGACUCUUGAGAAGUUAGUGCCUAUGAUCAAACUGUGAGGUACUGUGGGAUUUUUACAUGCAUAUAUGUGAAAAAUAGAUAACUAGGAUCAGGUGUUGUAUAACAGGUCGUUCUGAAUUAUAUUGAAUCUAACACUCUAGGAUGCAAAAUUGCAAAUAUAGGGGAGCACUAUGUAAAUAGGACAUUGACAUUGAUACUGAAUAGAGAACACUUAGAAGUAAGCACGAUUGUGAUAAAGAACUGGUAUAGAUGAAUUACUAUUUUUUUAUUAGUUUUUGGUGCAAGUCUACAAUUAAACAUUAAUUGAAUCAUAAAUUCAUAUGUAAAUAAAAUGCAGUAUUUGUUCAUGACA